AACAAACACCGUUUUAUGGCUUAAUAAUCACUGCAAAUUCUUACACAGAAACUAACCCUAAACGGGUGACGACGGAAAGCAAAAAAGCUUUGUUAAACCAACAACAAAGGCAACGAUGAAUUUCCGGUUCCCGCGAGACGUCGCCGUAUUCCGUCCCUAUCUACAUUUCGCCAAUGUCCACAACCGUCGCCGGUUGUUCUCUUGGUACGUCAAGCACUUCCGUACGACGUCGCAAGCUCGCUCUUCUCUCAGUGGCGGCGGCAGCAGCAGCAGCAAUUCUCAAGGUAACGCUUUUCUGGUGCCGGGUGCCACAGUAGCUACUUUACUCAUGCUUGGUGUUCUUCAUGCUCGACGACUCUACGAUGACAAGAAGGUUGAAGAAGCACGGGAGAAAGGGAUUGAAUUCGAGUUCCGACCGGAUGUAAAAGCUUCAUUUCUAAGGAUACUACCAUUGCGAUCUAUUUCUAGAGCUUGGGGCUUCUUGAUGAGUGUGGACAUUCCAGUUUGGCUGCGGCCGCAUGUUUAUAGAGCAUGGGCUCGUGCUUUCCACUCAAACCUAGAAGAAGCAGCUCUCCCUCUUGAAGAAUAUGCGUCUUUAAGGGAUUUCUUUGUUCGCACAUUGAAAGAAGGUUGCAGGCCUAUCAAUCCUAAUCCCUAUAGUCUGGUCAGUCCUGUGGAUGGUACUAUUCUUAGAUUUGGGAAGUUGAACGGUGCAGGGGCUAUGAUUGACCAAGUCAAAGGAUUCUCCUAUUCUGUUUCAUCUCUUCUUGGUGCUAGUCCUUUGCUCUCGAUGCUAGCUGAGAAAAAUACUGAAGAUGACGGUAGUACUAUUGAGCAGGAAAGCACUCAGAGAGAACAGAGUAAGAAGUCAUGGUGGCGCGUUUCAUUGGCUUCUCCUAAAGUCCGGGAAACAAUUUCGGAGUGUCCAAUGAAAGGCCUCUAUUACUGUGUAAUAUAUUUGAAACCAGGAGACUAUCAUCGCAUACAUUCACCAGUUGAUUGGAAUGUUCUUGUUCGACGGCAUUUUUCAGGCCGCUUGUUUCCUGUGAAUGAACGUGCUACAAGAACAAUCAGGAACCUUUAUGUCGAGAAUGAAAGGGUUGUCCUUGAAGGUCUAUGGCAACAAGGUUUUAUGGCAAUUGCAGCAGUUGGCGCAACGAAUAUUGGUUCAAUUGAGCUUUUCAUCGAACCAGAACUUCGGACAAACAGGCCAAGAAAAAAGUUGAUACCAUCAGAGCCUCCGGAAGAACAUUUAUAUGAACCUAAAGGAGUCGGUGUGAUGCUUAAAAAGGGAGAUGAGGUCGCGGCUUUCAAUAUGGGAUCAACGGUUGUCCUUGUUUUCCAAGCCCCAACAUCAAAUUCACCAAAGAACAAUGAUGCUUCAGAGUUUGAGUUUUCUAUUAGACGGGGAGAUAAAAUCCGUGUUGGAGAAGCAUUAGGUGUAUGGCAUGCAUAGCGAUGGCGAAGCGCGAUCAGUAGUGUUAACUAUGGGAUGGAUUGCCAUUGUUGGCAUUGGAGCAGCACUGACCGUGUAAAUGGUCAUUUAAGCAAAUGUGGUGCCACCACCCUAAUUAAUGCUUCAAUCUAUAUCAUCGGUUGAUUACAAAGCAAUAGGAGGUUUUGAAUUUUAUCCUUAAAUUCUGUAGUUUAUACUUCAAGACAUGGAAUGACUGUCAAUAUAGAUGAAUGUACUUGAAAAGUUCCUCUAUUUUAGGAAUUUGAUCAAA